AUGGAAUUUGGGAGCGCCGGCCCGCCAAGUUGGUGCAGUGCGACCGAAGCGACCCUCAAAAUCACCGAGUUGCGGAAAAGCCUGCAGAAAUCGCUGGACGACAAUAAUGUCAAGACCAUGUGCUGUAUGUUAUGUCUCUAUUCGAGGGGGAAGAAUCAAAAGUUAUGCUUAGAAAGUGAUUUUUUUGAAGGGGGAGACGAAAAAUGGAUGAAAAUUUGAGAAAGUGGUCAAAAAAUUUGUUUUUUAAAGAAAAAAAUAAUGUGUUGCUGUCUAAAAAAGAUGCAACAGGGCAACUGCUACAAUCUGACAUGUAUUGCGGCACAGGAAAUGCGCUAAAAACAAGGGAAAGUCCAAACAAUAUCCAAAAACUCACAAAAAUUUGAAAAAAUCCAAAUUUUGUGUUGAAAACAUUAUUUCACAGAUGUUAAAAGCUGUAUUAAGCCAAAAAAAAGUAGUUUACAAUAUACACAAAUUGAAAAGAAACCCCAAAAAACCUUUGAAUCCAUCAAAAAACGAAUUGCAUUGGCCGGGAAUCGAACCCGGGUCGCCCGCGUGGCAGGCGAGCAUUCUACCACUGAACCACCAAUGCACACCGCUUUCUUUUCUCAUUUUGCCCUGUUUUUUACCGGAUUUUGUCUCAAAACAAGUCAAUUAGCUAUGAAACACACUUCAUUUAUAAUAUUUUUAAAAAAUUUUCUUGAAUUCCACCAUUUUUUCAUGGAGAAUUCGUCUUUUUUGGGGGUAAAUUGAUAUCACUAAUCUCCGGGAUGGCCCGGCGCUUUGUGCUUUUUGACUUAUUGCUUUUGAAGAAUGCGCGGCGAUUUUAUUGGAAAAGGGCCCACGAAUAGAUGGACAGGGUCGGUUUAAGCGGGAGGGACAAUAAAAAAUAUUUGCUGAAUUUUCAUACUUGAGCGUUGGGUGCGUGCCUGAGGCAUGUAUGAAGAUGAGGGUCCUGUUGUCACAUGUGAGUUGAAUGGUUUUUCAACGAUACUGUUAAUUUUGUAGGGGGGGGGGGGGGGGAUAGGGGAAAUAAAAAAUAUUUAUUGGAUAUUCAAAAAAAUUUUAAAUUUUGAUGGUAUUUUAUCAAGGAUUAAAUAAAAAUUUGCUUAUGAAAUUGUCCAUCUUUUUUGUGGCGUUACACAGGGAUUUUCGAGAUUUUUUGAAAAAAAAUAAAAAAAUAUUUUUUUUAUUUUUUCUAUUUUUUUCUGAUAUAAAAAAUUUUAUGGUCUUUUAGAUACGAUAUGCAAAUUUAUCUACAAAAAAAAUUUUUUUUCCAGCGAAAUUCCCCCGGAAAUCGACAAAAAAAAGUCUUUUCUCUGACCGCUCUCCCCAUUUUGCAUGCUCUCUCGCAAAAAGUUCAAUAUCUCGGUUGUCUUUGAAAAACAUUUCGUAAAAGUUUCAGAACUUAAUAUACUACAACCACAUAUCAUAUAUACCAAAUUUUAAGGAAAAAUAUCGUACUUUAUUUUUUUUAUUUUUCAAAAAAAAUUUUUUUUUUCACAAUUUAAAAAUUUCAUUCCAAAAAAAAUUCCAGUCGCAAAUAACAGCAUGUGUGUUAUUUCAAGCCCACUAAACAUAUGCAGACACAAUUUACAAGGGAAGAGGAAAAUAACAAGAGAUUCGCCGGAAAAGUCCAAUUUGGCCUCGAAAGAGGGAGGGAGAAUAAAAAAAAAAUAAACUUGGGUUUCUUUUAUAACUAAAAGUAUUUUUCUCACUCUGUAAAUUUAUUGGAAGUGGAGGUUUUGGAAGAGGCGUGUUGAGAAGUAAGGGAAUUUUCGAUUUUUUCGAUUUAAAAUUUUUUGUUUUUUUUUAAUUGAAAUAAAAAUUUUUUUGCUGUUAACCGUGAAAAUAGAGUGUCAAAAUCGAAAAAAAUAUGGUUUUAGAAUCUCUAGGGUCUCUAUAUUUUUUCAAAAAAAAUGUAUUGGCCGAAAUGCCCUCCGGCGAUUUGAAAAAAAAUCGGUUUUUUUUUUAUUUUAUUUACUUCGGAAAUAAAAAAUGAUAAGUCAGAAUUGAUUUAGUAGUAAAAAAAAAUGAUUUUCAAGAAGCUCCUGAGGCGAAAUUACAAAAAUUUUUUUUUUUUUUAUUAAUAUUCAUUUUCAGAAAGUGCAUAGAAAAAGUUCAAAAUGCACUCAAUUUCAAUUUAUUUACACUAAUCACAUGCAAAAAAUCAUGGAGUGUAUCUGUCAAAAUGCACUGUGCGAAAGAAAAAAAUGUCCAUGAACUUUAUACAUAAAAAACUAUUAGUCAAAGAACGUUUGGGAGACUUUUAAAAAAUCAAAAAAAAAUCAAAAAAAUCAAAAAAUAAAUAAAAAAAUAAAAAAAUAUCUUUUUUUGGAAACUUCUCUGCUAAUUUCACUUUUUUAGUGUUUGUGGACACAAAACAUAUGACAUUUGCCUUGAAAGUGGCAUGUUUUGUCUCACUGAUCACUGUAUGCCUUCACACUCCAAAAACUCUCGAGUAUUUACCGGUGCUGGAGAUCCCGAUUUUAACUGCCGACUUCUUCGCGACCGCCAUUUUCAGCCUCGAGGCAUUGCUGAAGGUCAACAAUAUGGGGUAUUUUAUGGUGAGUUGGACACUUGAAACUUGGCAAAAUUCUUGGCUGUUCUUUUAUAAGACAUAUGCCAGACCCUCCUAGCUCGCGUUUUGCAGAAAUAACCAAAUUUUUUUGUCCGAAAGUUGGAAAAAGUUGAAUUUUUUCUUGCGAAUUUUGGCAGGAAAAGUCCCAUGGCUAUUUCUACCGUAGAGGACAAUGUUUCUACACAAAAAUCAAGUUCUUCCGCACAAAAUUGGCAGAGGUAUGGCCAAAAAGUGCUUUUCUCUCUGACCACUCUCCGCAUUUCGCGCACUCUUUCGUCCGCAAAGAUCGUUGAAUAUCUCAGCUUCCACUGCAAACCGAAAAUUAUGGCUUUUAGGGAUUGAUUUUUAGGUCAUUUUGAAGGGAAUUACGAAGCUUGAAGCGGAGGCAUUUUAUACGAUCAAACAUGUUUCAUCGUAUAACAUGUCUCCUACGAUAAAAAUUUUAUGCAUUAAAAGCUCGCUUUUUUAUAGAAGUGCAAAACCUAAAUAACUGAAAAAAAACGUUUAUGCGGAGACAUUUUAUACGAUCAUACAUGUUUCAUCGUAUAACAUGUCUCCUACGAUAAACAUUUUAUACAUUAAAAGCUAGCUUUUUCACAGAAGCGCAAAAACUGAAAUAACUGAAAAAACCUUUAUGCAGAGACAUUUUAUACGAUCAUACAUGUUUCAUCGUAUAACAUGGAAGCUACACCUUGAGGGCUUAAUUUUAUAUAUGUUGGCGGAGUUAUGAUUUUAAUUAGAUUUUUCUGCCAACUUGCUGCAAAAACGCUUAAAAUUUGCCAAAAAUCGCAAAAUUUGAUAAAUAGCCUUAUAUUCAUUUUUUGAUGACUUUUUCAGAAACCCACCGCGUACUUUCGCGAUCGUUGGUGUCAGUUCGACGCCUUUUUAUUGCUCGCCCAUUGGCUUUCGCUUCUUUUACAUGUCUACAAAUUGGCCAGCCAACGGCUGGAUUCGAGUUUGGUCUAUCACGAAUGGUUCGGGAUCAUCCGCUGUGUCCGUCCCAUGAUCAUUGUGCGAUUGUUACGGUUGUUGUUGACGUUCAAAGUGCCUACAAAUCGAAUCGAGAAUUUGUUGAAGUAAGUUGAGUUUUAUUUUUUCUAAGCUUGUCGGGAAAAUAGUGAGCAAAAAAUUAAUUUUUGUCGUAGCGAAAAUCGCACCGCCGCCGAGAAAGUAAGCAGUGUUGCAGCAAAAUAGAAUUGCUUUUGACCGCAGCAACAUUGUGCUCUUUAUUUUCCCGACAGACGAAUAAAAAAUAAAAAAAUUUUCUCUUCUUUUAGUUUGAAAAUUGGAACAUUUCAAAAAAAAACCAAGUACAAUAUUCCGUAUUUUACAUUUUUAAUUAUUUUUUACUUUAAAAUCCCCUUUGAAAUUCAAAAUUCAUCCAUUUCCCGCGAAAAGUCUUUCAAAUCCCGAGACCCUUGCAAUGUGCAUUGGUGGUUCAGUGGUAGAAUGCUCGCCUGCCACGCGGGCGACCCGGGUUCGAUUCCCGGCCAAUGCAAUUUCUUUUUUGAUGGUUUCGAAAGUUUUUUGGAGUUUCUUUCAUCUUUUAGAUUGAUAUAACGGCGAAAACCCAUGUUUUCCUCUUAAAACCCUACUUUUUACUUUUGUUUCAAAGUUUUUGCUAUUGCAGAAAAAAAGUUAACGCUAUUUUGUUUAUAAAAUCAUUAAUUUCAAUUGAUGGCGGCUCCAUGCCCUUUGAGAAUAUCUUUUUUCCUUUUUAGACGUUCAAGCGCUCAGAUCCAAAAUGUUACAGUAUUCCUCGUGUUUUUCAUGGUUUUAUACGCGAUUAUGGGUAUUCAGUUGUUCGGUCGGAUGGACUACCGAUGUGUUGUGCCAGGUGAGAUUUUUUAAUUUUGGCUCCGCCUAUUCUUAAUAUAAGCUCCGCCCACUUAAAAGCAAAACCCCGCCCAUUUUUAUAUAAGCUCCGCCCACUUUAAAGCAAAGCUCCGCCCAAUUGUUUAAAACUUGAACCUAGCUAAAUUACUAUUUAAAAAUUUUUUUCGCAGUGAUUUUUCUACAUUAAAAACGUUUUUUCUUGUUUGUUUUUUGAGAUUUUCUAUUUUUUUUUAAUUUAGGUACCGACCCCCGGAACGUGACGAUAAAUGACCUCGCCAUCCCCGACGCAAUGUGUUCCAAACCCGGUGGCGGUGGGUAUCAAUGCCCUCCGGGUACAGAAUGCAUGAAAUUAUAUCUAAACGCCAAAACCGAAGGGUUUUAUGGGAUGUUCGAUGAUUUUGGUGAGUCGGGAAUGCAGAAAAUUUAGAUUUUUAAUUUUUUUAUUUUUUAAGGCAAGUAGUGGAAUAAUUAGUUCUUUAUAUUUAAUUUUUUUGUAUUUUCAGAAAAAAAGUUUUGUCAAUUUCCUAUUUUUUCAAAUAUUUUUUCCUAUAUUUUUUAGGUCACAGUGUCUUCACAGUUUAUAUGGCAGCCAGUGAAGAGGGCUGGGUGUACGUUUUGUACGAUUGCAUGGACUCGCUGCCCACUCAUCUGGCCAUCCUCUACUUCAUCACGCUCAUCUUUUUCUUGGCCUGGCUGGUGAAGAAUGUGUUCAUUGCCGUGAUCACCGAGACUUUCGCCGAGAUUCGUGUCCAGUUCAGCGAAAUGUGGACCAAGUCGGAGGUCAGCGUGGAGGAGGACUUCAAACAGGUGAGACAAAUAUAGGAAGCACUUCCAUUGUAACGCUAAAUUUUUCAAGGCAAUGUUUAAAACUUUUAGGACGUGUAUUGCAGAAGUAAACGGUAUUUUUAAAAAAAAAUGCGAAAUUCAAAAAAAAAACUUUUGCGAGUUUUGGCCUCAAAAGUUGCAUACCUAUUUCUACUGUAAGGGGCAAUGUUCCCACAAAAAAUUAUUUUUUUCCGCUUGAAACUGACAAAAAUAUGGUCGAAAAGGUGUUUUCUCUGACCGCUCUCCGCCAUUCGCGUGGUCUCUCGUCCACAAAGAUUGUUGAAUAUCUCAGCCUCCCCUGCAAAUCGUGAAUUAGGGCUUUCGAAGGGUUGAUUUGUAGACUUUUCUGAAGAUAUUCCAAAAAUUUUAAGGGGAGACAUUUUAUACGAUCAAACAUGUUUCAUCGUAUAACAUGUCCCCACUCACAAUUUUGGUUUGAGCUGAAACUUUUAGGAUGUGGCCUAUGUCUGAUGUGUGUGAAAAAUCAAAGGAAAAUUCGAGCGUCGCUAAAAUACGAAAAAAUUUUUGAAAUAAUUGUAAAUUUUUUUUUUCAGAAAAUCGAAAAGCACGAUGGAGUUUGGAAGAUCGUGAAAUUAGACACUGACCCCAAAAUCAAUCCGCGCGUUCUUCGGCUCCAGAAUUGCCUCCGGAGCAUCGGUUUCCAAUGCUGUGUGGUGGGAUUUGUCUUGGCCAAUUCGAUUAUCAACGCCUCAUUUGUGCAUUAUCAUGAUGAAAGCGACUCGAGAAGACGGGUGAUCUACUAUUAUAUUGAGGUGAGUUUUUCCGGGUGAUAAAAAGAAUUUUAAAAGCAGAUAUCGUUGAAUAUCUCAGCUUACACUACAAAGUGAGAGCUAAGGUUUUCAGGGAUUCAUUUGUAGUACAUUUCGAAGACAGUCACAGAAUUUGAAGAGCAGACAUUUUAUACGAUAAAAUAUGUUACAUCGUAUAACAUGUCUUCUACGCUCACAAUUUUGAACAUGACACCCUGGCUUUUUAAUGGAUGCGAAAAGUCAAACACCACUGUCAGUGUUUUGAGCGGAGACAUUUUAUACGACUAAACAUGUUUCAUCGUAUAACAUGUCCCAUUAAUUUUUUUCUAUUUAAAAAUUGUAAGAAACUUGAAUUUACGUGUUCAAAUCAAAUUUUUCAGGUCGGAUUUACAAUCGCCUUCAACGUGGAAUGCGCUGUAAAAAUUUUGGCAUAUGGAUUUUCGAAAUUUUGGAAACGGAAUAUCUACAAAUUCGAGUUGAUUUUAUGCAUUGGCAGCUCUCUCAACAUUAUUCCGUAUCUCUAUGAGAGGAAUUACUUUACUUAUUUUCAAGUCUUUCGAUUGCUACGGUUGAUCAAAGCCUCUCCAAUGCUGGAGGACUUUGUUUAUAAGGUGGGUUGUCGGAAAAAGUGAAAAAAAAAAUUAUAUCACUAAAAAUACAGUAUCUAAACAUAUUUAAUCGAAAAAAAUACUUUUUGAUUUUUUUAUUUUUUAAAAAUUUUUUAUAGUUUUUUGCGAUUUUUUACAUUUUUUUGCAUUUAUACAACAUUUUACAUUAAAUACCUAUCGUAUAAUAUUUACAAGACACAUGCCAAGUUUCAUCAGAAUCUGAGCGUCGCACUUUUGGCGCUUCCCUGGCUAGAUAUCAGUCCGUCGGGAAAAUAAUGUGGAUUCGUCGUCGCCUUGAAAUUGCUCAUCAUUACUCUGCAACUGUUAGCUGGAAAUUUGGCGAUCGACAGCUACGAGUCGAUACAUUUUCCUGCGACCUAUCCACAUUAUUUUCCCGACAGACCUUAGUAGACCUCUUUUAUUUGCCUCACCAAUAUCCUUUCCAGAUUUUCUCCCCCGGCAAAAAGCUUGGCGGUCUUGUGAUCUUUACCAUUCUUUUUGUGGUCACCUCUUCCGCCGCGUCCUUGCAAUUGUUCUGCUAUGUCCCACAUCUCCAUCAUUUCGAGACAUUCCCGCAGGCAUUCAUGGGGAUGUUCCAGAUCAUCACGCAAGAGGGCUGGCCCGAGCUUGUUGUGGAAGUGCUGCGAAUGUCGAACGAUCGAAUGGUUCCGUUUGUGGCCGUUUACUUCGUGGCCUAUCAUCUGUUCGUUACACUGGUAUGUGGAUGAAAAGUGGCGUAGAAAAAGUUUUCGGGGGCUUGGAUUUUCUUCAAAUUUAGGGUACAUGAUCUGUCUCAAUUAUGGAUCAAUUGCUGAAAAUUGUAGCUCUCGAUUUUUAUGUUAGAACAUUUUAUACGAUGAAACAUGUUUGGUCGUAUAAAAUGUCUCUGCAAUAACUAUUAGAUUUUCUUCAAAUUUGGCAUGCAUGAUCUCUUUUGGCCAUAAAUGGAUUUGUUGAAUAUCGUAGCUCUCAAUUCUUAUGCGGAGACAGUUUAUACGAUGAAACAUGUUUGAUCGUAUAAAAUGUCUCUGAAAAUACCAUUUCGAGUUAUAAGAUAUGAAUUUUAUUAUACUGCAGUGCUGCAUAAAACUGCAUAAAAAAUUUUUUGGCAGAGACAUUUUAUACGAUAAAACAUGUUUGAUCGUAUAAAAUGUCUCUAAAGCUUUCAAAUGCUGUAAAAAUAACCGGAAAGGUCGUAGACAUUGCAAAAAAUAGUUAAUUUUAUGUCAAGUCCACACUAUUUUUCUUUUCAGAUCGUCUUGAGUUUGUUCGUUGCCGUCAUCUUGGACAAUUUGGAGAUGGACGAGGAGCUGAAGAAGGUCAAACAGCUCAAGGCUAAAGAAGCGGUAGGUCAACAAGAUUAAAUUUUUUGCUGAAUAAGGCUCUGUCCAUCGGAAAAAAAUACACUAAUUACCGUAACCUCCCAACCUUUCAGACCACAAGUAUGCGAACAACUCUUCCGUUGCGCCUUCGGAUCUUCGAGCGUUUCCCAACUCGCCCUCAAAUGGUGAAGUUGAAACGGGUUGACAGCGAGUUCCAAGUGCCUCGAAUGCGAGACAGCUUCACUUACCACUUCGUCAACAAUGUCGAUGAGGUCGCAACAGUGGACCCGGAAGGUAUGUAAUCGGCAAAUGUUGCUGGAUAUAUCAGUUUACACUUCAAACCAUGGGCUAGAGUCUUCAGGGUUUGAUUUGUAGUCCAUUUCGAGGAUACUACAAAAGGUCAGACAUUUUAUACGAUCAAACAUGUUUCAUCGUAUAAUAUGUCGCCUAGAGUCACAAUUUUAAAAUCCAUGGAAAAAUGGUUUUCUGAAAGAUGCAUAAAAACUAGUACUAUUGAAAGACAUUUAUGCGUAGACAUUUUAUACGAUCAAACGUGUUUCGUCGUAUAAUAUGUCGCCUAGAGUCCAUAUUUUAAAAUCCAUAGAAAGCUGGGUUUCUAAAAAGUGCGUAAAAACAAGUAAUAUUAAAAAGAGUUUAUACGGAGACAUAUUAUACCAUCAAACAUGUUUAAUCGUAUAACAUGUCCCAUACUCCCGUAAAUCGUCCAAAAAUCCCGUUUCAGACGUGGGCUGUCGAAAAGUCCUUCUAAAAUCCAUGCACACAUAUGUCCGACACCGUCGACACGACGUCACAAUGCGACAUGUGGGGCAGCUCUCGAUGAAAUCCUCGAUUCAGGCGCUCGUCCACAACUCGAGCAACCAGAACAAGAGAGACUCGUUCAGAGCCAACCGGAAUCGCAUGAACCUGUACGAGAACAUGACUGAGAAUGGGGAUGUGCUGCGGUCGUAUGAGAAUUCGGCGAGAAAGGACCUGAAGUUGGGAGAGAUCGAUAUCCGCGCGUUGCAGCACAAACAACAGAUCGCGGAGAUGACAAGGUAAGAGAAUUUCAGUGCUCCAAAGUGCGGCGCUCAGAUUUUGAUGGGGCUUGGAUCAAGUUUCAGAAUAGGUUUUUCUAACAAUAAGGCAUAUACGAGAGUUUCCAUUCUACUCAAUUUUCAGAACCCGAAUUGAAGAGGAGAUGCGAGAGAAUCACCCCUUCUUCGAUCGACCCCUCUUCCUUGUCGGCCGCGAUUCGAAGCUCCGAAGACUCUGCAAGAAACUUGCUCAUGCUCGGUACGACCAAAAUGGCGAUGGGCAAAAUACGGCCAAGUCGCAACGAAGGAACAAGCAUUUGCAGUGAGUGGUCGACACAUCAUUAUAGUCAUCAAAAAAUUAGAAUCUCACAAAAAUGAAAGUUUUCAGCGAUCUGAUUGGAAUUAUGCCGUACAUUGACUGGUGCAUGGUCAUUGUAACUCUGAUGUCAUGCGCGUCAAUGCUCUCCGAAAGCCCAUGGCCCCCAACUGGAGAGAAUUUGGUGGUCAACAACUUUUAUCUUCAGGUAAGUUGAAGAUGACAUCAAAAAAAAUUUUAUGGAAACUUGGCAUAAAAAAUAUUGGAGGAAUUUUUUCUUUAUUCUGGAUUCCUAGCUCGUGUUUUUGCAGAAAAAGCGAGAUUUUUUGGUCAAAAGUUGGCCAAAAUUCAACUUGCCGGGCCGCCCAAGGGCCUACGCCUCCAAAUUGGCCCCCAAUGAUUUAAAAUAUGCAUGGAAAAUCUCAAGCACAUUUCUAACUAAAAAGACAACGGUUUCACAAAACCUCAAAGUCCUGAAUUAGCAAAGAUAUCGCCAAAACUCGCUUUUCUCUGGCCGCUCUCCACAUUUGAGCGCUCUCUUGUCGGCAAGAGGUCUUGUUGUCUUGAGGAUGUCUUGAAAGGUUUUCUCGAAUUUUCAGCUAAAUUUAUCACAAGCACUUCAAGCAUCGACCAUAUAGACAGGAAAAAAUACAGGGUGUCCAAAAAAUUAAAACUUUUUACAUAAGUCCUGGCACGGAAUGUAAUUUUUUUUUCAGAUCGCCGACUACCUUUUCGUGCUCGCAAUGACAAUCGAAUUGGGUCUGAAAAUCACAGCGGAUGGCCUUUUCUUCACGCCAAAUGCGGUGGUCCGGGAUGUGGGCGGAGUCAUGACAAUCUUUAUCUACUUUGUAAGUGGUUUCGAGAGAAAUUUUAUUCAUAAAAAAUUUGAAUCCAUGGGCAAAUACGCGUAAAUUUUCAUAUGUUUUUAGUCUGUCGGGAAAAUAAUGACCACUCCGUCGCAUCGAAAAUCGCAUCGCCGCUGGGAAAAUUGUUUCUCACUUCUGCGACGCGAUUGGCGCGGCGAUAUUGUGCUCAUUAUUUUCCCGACAGAAUGAAAAAAAAAUUUUUUUCUUGUUUUUCAUAAUUUUCUUAAAAAUGUUCGUUUCAGACAAGCGUAGUCUUCCUCUUGCUCAUGCCCAAGCACAUUGAAAUCAACUCGUUCGAGCAGUUUUUGAUGAUUUGUCGCGCCAUGAGACCGUUGCGCAUCUACACGCUGGUCCCGCACAUCCGCCGCGUGGUUGUGGAGUUGUUCCGCGGCUUCAAGGAGAUCAUCUUGGUCACCAUUUUCAUGAUCGUCAUAAUGUUCAUUUUUGGGAGUUUUGGCGUGCAAACGGUUGGAGGGAAAUUGGCGGCUUGCAAUGAUCUGAGUAUCAGCUCGAAAGUGAGUUAGAUUUUGGAAUUGGGGAAAAGUUUGGCGCAUGUUGUUGUCACAAUUCUUGACGAAGGGGUAGUGGGCAAAGAGGAACUUCUCCUCCUUCACUCCGGCGGCUCAGGAUCAAAUGUUUUCGUGUUACGACAAUGUCUUCGCAGACACAUCAAGUCAUUUUGGCACAUUUACUAGUCGCUCAAGAAAGUGCGUAAAUUUUUUGUUCAUAGGGCGCACAUGCAUAAAAACCCCUUUUGCGGCGUGCAUUUGAUCUUUCACACCGUGCAAGUCCAAUAUCGCUGCGACACAAGCUUCUCUCAACGGAGCCGGCGCGAAUUUUGGGCGCACGAAAUGAAAUUGCACAAUGCAAACAUGUGAAAAUGUUUCGCAAAGGAUCGCGUCGCGCAGGGAACAGGGAACUUGCACGGUGCGGUGCGAGAAAAGGCGGAGAAAAAAUCUACGCACUUUGUGGAAUGUCUAGUAUCAGUCUGUCGGGAAGAUAAUGAGCAAUUUGUCGCAUCAAGAAUCGCAUCGCCGCCGAGAAAAUGAACUUCAGCAACGUGAUCGGCGCAGCGACAUUGUAAUCAUUAUUUUCCCGACAAACUGACAGCAUAUCUCUUUGAAGUUUUGUUUCCUUUGACCCACUUUUUGCUUUAAAAAAAUUGCAUAUUUUUUGGACCAGGGUUUUUGCCAUAUUUUUCAUUACAAAAUAUUUUUUCUCCUAUAUCAUAUUUUUUGUCAUAAACUUUGUCCCUUCAGGAAAACUGCACCGGAGUUUUCUGGUCCAAAGUUUUCGUCACGCGGAUGGACGUGGCCGGCAAAGACGACGACGAGGCGCACCCGAAGAUCCUGGUCAGCCGAGUGUGGACCAAUCCGCGCAACUUCAACUUUGACCACAUUGGGCACGCCAUGUUGGCGCUGUUCGAGGCGCUCUCGUACAAGGGCUGGAACGUGGUGCGCGACAUCCUGAUGGCGCGGAUCGGGGCGUGGGCCGUCGUCUACAUCCACAUCUACGUCUUCAUCGGCUGCAUGAUCGGGCUGACGUUGUUCGUGGGCGUCGUGAUCGCGAAUUACACCGAGAACCGCGGCACGGCGCUGUUGACGGUCGAUCAGCGACGAUGGCAUGACUUGAAGGCGAGGCUGAAGAUGGCGCAGCCACUUCAUGUGCCGCCGAAACCGGCGGAGUCGUCGAUUGUGAGACGCCGGUUUUAUGAGAUCACCAUGAGCAGAUGGUUCAAUAAGGUGAGAAAUGAAUAGAUAUGCAAACGAAAAUGUAAAAAUAUGGUUUAAAGUUGUUGAGAGAUACGUAGGGAACGCAAAACGUCUACUCAAACUUGUUAUUAAGGCCAAAAAGUAAAGACAAUCGAACUAAAUCCGAUUUAAUAAUUUUUUACCAUUAGGACAUUUUAUACGAUACAAAAUUUGAAGGGGAGACAGCUUAUACGAUCAAACAUGUUUCGUCGUAUAAUAUGUCCCCCACAUUCACAAUUUUUGAACCAGCUUUCUGAUAGAUGAAGAAUAACUAACAUAACCAAAAAGUUUGUGCGGAGACAUUUUAUACGAUAAAACAUGUUUGUUCGUAUAAAAUGUCUCCACAUCAUAAAAUUUUGCAAAAACAAUAUCAGUCUAACUGGAAAAUUUCUCACACAAUUUUUUUCCCAUAAAAACUUUUAUUUUGAAAUCAGUUUGUCGGGAAAAUAAUGAGCACUCUGUCCCAUCGAAAAUCGCCGCCGAGAAAAUAAAUUGUGUCGCGGCAAAAUUAAAUUUUUUACCCCUCAUUAUUUUUCCGACAGGCUGAAAUUGUUGCUAAAAAAAUUUUUCUUACGUGGAGACAUGUUAUACUAUCAAACAUGUUUCAUAGUAUAAAAUGUCUCCGCCAAGGGCGUUUUUAAUGUAAUCUUGUGCGCCACGGGUGAAUAGAAAUGCCAAAGCUGUCACAAAAGUCAUGCAAAUAUAUGGCCAAAAGACGUUUUUUCUCUGCCCGCUCUCCGCAUUUUGCGUACUCUCUCGCCGUUGAAGGUCGUUGAAUUCUUAGGCUUUUUUGAAAAAUUUGGAGUUUUAAAAUACACAUUUUAGACUUCAAAAUGCUUGAAAGAUAGAGAGUGCGCGAAAAGCGGAGAACGGUCAGAGAAAAAAGUUGCAUGUUUUGAAAAAAAUCUAUUAUAUUUUUAACAAUUUGAAAUAAUUUUUUUAGGUCUUCGCCUACCUGGUUCUAAUCAAUUCGAGCACUUUGCUGGUUCCAUGGAGCAUCGAAGAAGAGGAAGCAAUGAAUGAUAUUCUCUACUUUCUAACCGCCGUCUCCGGAGUCUGCAAUGUGCUGUUUACGGUGGAAAUCUUCUUCAAAGUCAUUGCAUUCACAAUUUAUGGAUUUUGGCAGGUGGGAAAUUUUUGAUUUUUUAAUAGUUUUUUAAGAUUUUUUAUUUUUUCUAUAAAUCGUUUUGACUUGGUUAUUUAAUUUUUUUUAUUUAUAUUUUCAUUUUGUUUGAUUUUUUGUUUAAAUUAUUUUCAUUUUUUAUUAAAAAAAAUUUUUGUUUUAACUUUUUUUAUUUUAGUUUUACAUGUUUUUUAUUUUUUUAUUCUUUUCCAGGAAAUUUUUUUGUUUUAAUUAUUUUUAUUUUAAUUUUUCAUUUUUUUUAUUUUUUUAUUUUUUCCGAAAAAGUUUCUUUUUGUUUUACCUUUUUUUUAUUUUAAUUUUACAUUUUUAUUAUUUUUUAAUUCUUUUCCAAAAAAUUUUGUUUGUUUUAAUUUUUUUUAUUUUAAUUUUUAAUUUUUUUUUAUUUUCUUAUUCUUUUCCAAGAUUUUUUUUGUUUUAACUUUUUUAUUUUAAUUUUCCAUUUUUUUUUAUUUUUUUAUUCUUUUCAAAAAAUUUUUUUUUAUAUUUUAAUUAUUUUCUUUUUUUUUAAUAUUAAAUUUGUUUUUUUUAUUUAUUUUUUUUGGACUUUUUGCUUGAUUUUUUUUUAUUUUUUUAUUAUUAAAAAUACUUAUUCAGAGCCGUCGCAACCGCAUCGACCUCCUAAUCACGGCUCUUGGCUGUCUCUGGGUGACUCUCCACUUCUUCGUCGCUCUUCCGGCCUCGGUUGUGGGCGGGGAGACGGGUCUCAAGAAAUUCACAUACACUUUUGGCUACAUGGUUGUGAUUCUUCGGUUCUUCACCAUUGCCGGCCGAAACAACACACUGAAGAUGUUGAUGUUGACGGUUGUCAUGUCAAUGUUCCGCUCGUUUUUCAUCAUCAUCGCGUUGGCGAUGCUGGUGCUGUUCUAUGCGUAUACGGGGGUGAUUCUGUUUGGAAUGGUGAAAUAUGGGCAGGCUGUGAGCAAGUAAGUGAAAUAUAAAAAAAUACAUUUAAAAAUUAAAAAAAAAUAGGUAAAACUAAUUUAAAAAGCUGAAAUUAAAUUUAUAAAAAAAAUUUAAAAAAAUAUUAAAAAAAAAAUUAAAAAAUUUCAAAAAAAAUCUCGAAUUUUACCAUACUUUAAAAAAAAGCUAUUUAACUUUUUUAAUUUUUUUUCAUCGUUGUAAAAAAUUUUAAAAUGGUCUAUAACAUAAAAUUAAAAAAAAAAUAGCGGUAAAAAUAGUACAAAAAAAUAGAAAUGAAAUAAAAAAAAUAAAUAAAAUUUAAAAAACAUUUUUUCGUAAAAAAAAAUCAAAAAAUCCCAAAAAAAUCUCUAAUUUUACCAUACUUUCAAAAAAAAUAUCUGUUUAUUUUUUUUCUGCCCCGUUACUGCAAAAAUUUAGGCUACUAUAAAUAUAUUGCACAGUGCAAAUAUUAUAAAAUUUCUUGUUUUUUGCACUGUGCAUUUAUUAUAUUUUAUUUAUUUUUUUGAAAAAAUUUUUUUAGACACGUAAACUUCCGUUCCGGCUCGGACGCAUUAGUUUUGUUGUUCCGCUCUCUAACCGGCGAGGACUGGAACGAUAUCAUGCAUGAUACGCAGAGAAGUGUCCCGUUUUGCUACUGGCGACCGGGCCAGAACUAUUGGGAGACGGAUUGUGGGAAUUAUUACAGCGCUGUCAUCUACUUCUGCUCGUUUUACCUGAUCAUCACGUACAUUGUGCGGAAUCUUCUUGUGGGUGAGUUGAAACAAGGGGAGCAAAUGUUUUGCUGAUGAUAUGAUCUCAAGUGUUAUGCUUCGAUUUUACUAACUUGGCACAUAAAUAAGGAGUAGGACGCGUGUCAGUCCCCGAAUUCAUAUAAAAGACAUGUUAUACGAUGAAACAUGUUUGAUCGUAUAAAAUGUCUCCGGAAAAAACUUUAUAAUUACUUUUAAAAUGGUCUAUAAAUCAAUCCUUGAAAAUGUUAGCUUUCCGUUUGCUGGAAGAACUGAGAUAUUCAACGAUUUAUAUAGGAGACAUUUUAUACGAUGAAACAUGUUUGAUCGUAUAAAAUGUCUCCGGUGAAAACUUGUAAUUACCUUUAAAAAAGUGUAUAAAUAACACUGAAAAUCCUAGCUUUCGCUUUUUAGGGAGAGCUAAGAUAUUCAACAAUUUAUAUAGGAGACAUUUUAUACGAUGAAACAUGUUUGAUCGUAUAAAAUGUCUCUGCUUCAAACUUUGUAAUUACCUUUAUAAUGGUCUAUAAAUUAACUUCUGAAAACAUUAGUUUCCGAUUUGCAAACACAGCCGAGAUGUUCAACAAUCUUUGCGGCCGAGAGAGAACGGAAAAUGCGGAGAGCGGUCAGAGAAAAACCCACUUUUUGGCCGUAUCUUAAGGAAUUUCGGAUGGAAAAAAUUUAUUUUUUGCGGAGACAUUACCCUCUACAGCAGAAAUAGGUACAUAACUUUUCAUGCCAAGGUUGGCCAAAAAGUGUCGCAUUUUUGCUGACUUUUGAUUUAAAAAAUCUCGGUUAUCUAUGGAAGAUACGAGCUAGGAGUCUCGCAUAGGUCUUAUAGAAUAUAAUUUUUGCAAAAUUCGUAAAUUUCCCCAUCUAAACCCUACAUUUUCAGCUAUAAUCAUGGAGAACUUCUCGCUCUUUUACUCGAGCGAAGAGGACGCAUUGCUCAGCUAUUCGGACAUUCGCAACUUCCAGAUGGUCUGGAAUAUGGUGGACAUCGAGCAGCGCGGGCAAAUCCCGGUUCGGAGAGUCAAAUUUUUGCUGCGAUUACUGAAAGGGAGACUUGAGGUGGAUCCCACAAAGGAUCGACUGCUCUUCAAGCACAUGUGCUAUGAAAUGGAGAAGCUGCACAGUGGUGAUGAGGUGUCCUUUCACGAUGUUUUGUAGUAAGAUUUGGAUAUUUUUGGAAAUUUGUGGAUUUUUUGACAAGGAAAGUACUUCUAUGGGGUGUGGAGUUACAGGUCGAGAUAUAUAUCAAAAAAAUCGCAAAAAUUUUCUGAUUCCGAAUAUAUAAAAAUUAGCUGCCUAAUUUUGGUCUAUCAACGAGUUUUAUCAAUAAAUGUGUUUCUCGAGGACAAAAAUCUGCGGCAACAAAAGCGCGCUCGGUCUCUUCCUUCGGAAGAGAGCGGUGUGGCCGAGUGGUUUGAACGCUGGAUUGGGAAUCCGAAGAUAACGGGUUCGAUUCUUUUUGCCACACUAGAACCCAUUUUUUACAUUGGAACUACUUUUAAGGUGUAGUUGUAAUACAAUUUGAUAUUUUAAGGCUUGUCAAGGCCUCAGAAUUUAUUUUAGCACAGAAAAAAAAUUUUUAUUGGUAAAAACACGGUCAAAAAGACACUUGCAUGGUGUCGCGAGAAAACUUCUGAGGACAAAAACAUGUCGUCAGACCAAAAUUAGGCAGCUAAUUUUUAUAUAUUCUGAAUCAGAAAAUUUUUGCGAAUUUUUUGAUAUAUAUCUCGACCUGUAACUCCACACCCCAUAGAAGUACUUUCCUUGUGAAAAAAAAAUUACGUUUUUUAUCCAUAAUUGAAUUUUUAAAAAGCAUAAAAUUCGACGUUUUUUUUGCAUAAAAUCGAAAAAAUUAUUUUAUUUUUAUUAUCAUCAAUUUUUGUCAUUUUUUCAAAUUUUUUACGUUUCUUGUCCAUAAUUUAAAUUUUUAAAAUGCAUAAAAUUUGACGUUUUUUGCAUAAAAUCGAAAAAAUUAUUUCAUUUUUAUUUUUACCAAUUUUUGCUAUUUUUUAAAAUUUUUUUCCGUUUCUUGUCCAUAAUUUAAAUUUUUAAAAUGCAUAAAAUUUGACGUUUUUUGCAUAAACUCAAAAAAAUAUUCUAUUUUUAUUAUCAUCAAUUUCUCAGUGAUUUUUUUACAAUAUAACAGAAUUACUUAUAUUAAAAAAAAAAUUUACGUUUCUCCUCAUAAUUCAUAAAAUUUAACGUUUUUUCUCCGCAAAACUCGAGAAAUUUCCCUUUAACCAUGCCCAUUUUUAGUAUGCUCUCCUAUCGAAGUGUGGACAUUCGAAAAAGUCUUCAACUCGAGGAAUUGUUGGAAAGAGAGGAGCUGGAAUAUAUUGUGGAAGAGGAGGUGGCCAAGCAGACCAUAAAGACCUGGCUGGAAUGCUGUCUACGCAAGAUACGAUGUCCGGACCGCGGAGUGGACAGCCCCAAGGCCAGCUUGCUGACUACCAGCGAUUGUGAGUUUUGUUUUUUAGAUUUUUAGGCAGGAAAAACGUUAAAUUUGGUGGAAUUUAUGUAUAAAGACGUAAAUUUUGAAAAAUUCACGAAAACUCGUAGAUACCAUAAAAAUUUUUGUUUUAAUUUCGAAAAGCUUUAAUGAAAAAUGUUUUUUUAUCGAUUUUUUCUUAGAGUUUUGCACUUCGCAUAGCAAAUACAAUACUUUUUUUCUAAAAAUUUCGAUUUUUAAAAAUUUUUUUUUUCAUUUUUUAGUUGUUGAAAUUUCUAAAUUUCUAACAAAUAGUCUUGAAAAUAGUCGAAAAUUUUCAGAAAAUUGAAUAUCCCAAAGCUUUGCGCCAUUUCUGCAAUUCUUUUAUUUUACGUUUUUUUGCAAAAUUUAUUCAUAAAAUUUGACGUCUUUCUCCAUAAAUUAUCGAGACUGCACACCAUGAGUUUUAAAAUUCGGUUUUUCCAGCACUCGCUGUAGUUGCUGAGAUUUUUCCACAAUUUUUUUUCAGUGCCCGAUGGGAUUCUCCGCCGCUCCAAACUCACCGGCUCUCCCCAGCCCAAGCUGUCCAAUGCCAACUCCGCCAAGACGACGUUCGUUCGAGCCAGCACCAUGUCGGCGGCGGACGCGGACGACCACGAGAAGGACUCGCUGCUGCAGCGCCCCGUCUCGCUGCACAAGCGGAGUGUGGAGGACAUCCUGGGCAAUCAUGUGGAGAAGCGCCCGAUUCCGAACCUGGUGCCGCUCAAGAAGUUGUCAUUGCGGAGUUUGACGGGCGCUAAGGAGGCGGGGAUGUUUCAUACGGCCCAAAAUUCGAUUGAGACGGUGACAACUGUGGGGAGCAAUCGAUUCUUGGGCGAGGAGACGGCACAGAAGCCGUUGCAGGUGAGCAAAACGUGUAUAAAAUACUGAUUUCUUGGUUUUUGGACGUCUCAUAUGUGGAAUCUCCGAUAAAAUUACUUUUUUCCUCAUUAGGACGUUUUAUAGGAUGAAACAUGUUUGAUCAUAUAAACUGUCUCCACAUUAGAAAAUUUUGCGAAAACAAUGUCAGUCUGCAGGAAAAAUGCGGAAUAUUUGAUAAAAUUACUUUUUUUCGUUAUUAGGACAUUUUAUACGAUGAAAAAUGUUUGACCGUAUAAAAUGUCUCCACAUAAGAAAUUUUGUAAAAACACGAAGCGAUACUGUGCCAAUUAUUUUCACGACAGACUGAUGUUGUUUUUACAAAAUUUUCUGACUUGCAGACAUUUUAUACGAUCAAACAUGUUUCAUAAAAUAUCUAAUAAUUGAUUUUUUUCAGCUCUCAGCCCGCGAAUUGCCGGAUCUCGAAGAAAUUUACGAAGACAACUCUCCAUACAACAAUCAUGGGGGCCUUCGGUCGUUCGAAGACGAAUAUCAACGCUCUCCCACCAGCGAUACGUCCAGUUUUCGGCCGAUUUCACCGAGUCGACUCAAUUUGGGUGAGACAAUUUUUUUUAUUUUUUCAACUUUUUUAGAAUUAAAAUUUCGUAUUUUACGACAAAAAAAUUAUUUUUAGAAAAUUCCAAGAUUUGUUUUAAGAAUCUUCAAAAAAUCAAACUGGAACAAAUUUCGUAUUUUACAUUCUUACAUAUUUUUUCACUUUCCACUUUAAAAUUCCGUUUAAAAUCCAAAAAAAAGAAGUUUUAUCAGCCUGUCGGCAAAAUAGUCAGCAAAAAUUAUCGCAUCGAAAAUCGCAUCGCCGGCUCGGAAAUAAUAAAUUGUGUCGCCGCAAAAUCAAAUUACUUUUCACUUCAACGAUCGGCUCAGCGACAUUGUGCUUAUUAUUUUCCCGACAGACUUAUUAAAAAAUUUUUUUUGCUCUUCAUUUUGAAAAAUUGGAAAAUUUCAAAUAUGUAGAGUUAACAACAAAGAGCGUAUUUUACAUUUUUAAAUAUUUUCCCGCUUCAAAAUCGUAUUUGAAAUCCAAAAAAAUCCAAAAUUCAUCCAUUUCCCGCGAAGAGUCGUUCGAAUUUCGAAAGCUUCACGUCGUGCAUUGGUGGUUCAGUGGUAGAAUGCUCGCCUGCCACGCGGGCGACCCGGGUUCGAUUCCCGGCCAAUGCAAUUCGCUUUUUGAGGGGUUCAAAAUAUUUUUGGACUUCCUUUUCAACUUGGAUAUAAUGUAAACUACUUUUUUUGGCUUUUUACAGCUUUUAACAUCUUCGAAGGCUUGUUUUUUGAGCACAAAUUUUCAUUUUUUUGGGUUUUUUCGAGUUUUUGGCUAUUUUUCUGACCUUCCCUUUGUUACCACUAUAAAUUUGUUGCUAAGCCUGAGGUUUUAUCGCAAAAUUGCUUUUUAUAUGCAGUAUAAGGUCAUUUUCCGUCAAAAAAAUAAAAUUUUUACAACUUUUUCCGAAUUUUUUUGAAAUUUAUUUUUGCAAAUAUCUAUACAAAAAUAAGUGAAAAUGGUCCAAACCUUAGCUAAUAUUGAUCCUAAAAACUGUCUUUCUCAUAAAUUUAUCCAAAACUCAAAAAACAUGAAUUUCAAUUUUCAGGUCAACGGACUCCUAGACGAAAAGCCAGCUCCGUGUUGACGAAUCCGGUCCAAGAGAAGGCCACAGCGGCCUCAAUCAAUCUGUUCUACCACAGUGAGCCGCUCCAUAAUGUCAUUACGGACAUCAAAUCGUGGUGGGCGAACAAUUUGCUCGAAGAAGACUCGUUUGCUGCGGAAAGCGAACUCAAAACCGGUGUAGCUAAUUAA